ACUUCCUACAUAUGACUUUCCCCGGGAAUCCGAUUUGGCGCGCGGACUGUCCUGUUGUUGUGUUGACCUGCCGCGCCGUCGUGUUGUGCAGCUGUCACUGAGCAAAAACGUUAAAGGCUACAAAAGUGUAAGCCAUGGCUCCAGUAUCGAAUCCAGAGAAAGACGUGGACGGCGACGAUGGGGGUGAUCCCUGCGGUCUGGCGAGGUCUCGCUCCAAACGGGAGAAGCGAGAGAAGGUGGGAAGAAAGUCUGCACUGGAGCAGCUUAAGAAAGCCAAGCUCGGGGAGAAGAUCAAAUAUGAGGUGGAAGAGUUUACAAGUGUGUAUGAGGAGGUGGACGAGCAGCAGUACUCGAAGAUGGUACGAGACAGACAAGAGGACGACUGGAUCAUUGACGAUGAUGGAACUGGAUAUGUGGAGGAUGGCAGAGAAAUCUUUGACGAUGAUCUGGAUGAUGAUGUAGUUGAAAGCAAAAAAGGAAAAGGUGCUAAAAGAGCAGACUCGAAGAAAAAUGUGAAGAAGUCUGCCGUAGCGAAGCCCAACACCAUCAAAAGCCUCUUCAUGAACAGUAAUGUCAAGAGGCCUGCCGAGAAAGACGUGGAUCUGUCCAAAGAUGACCUGUUAGGAGACAUCUUGCAGGACCUGCACUCUGAGAAACCGACUCUUCUGACUCUUCCGCCGGUGGUCACGCUGAAGAAAAAGAAGUCUCUGAGAUCACCCAUGAAUCCCUUUUCGAUCAAACCUCAGAUGCCAAAGGAGUCACCUUCUGCUACGGGGUUUAAGGCCAAAGUUAUCAGGCCACCACCUUCUGACCCGACCCCCGGGUCAUCAGCCUCCGCACCCGCUCCUCCUGUAGAGAAGCAGAAGGCGAAGGUGGAGGCGCUGGAGGAAGAGGAAGUGGCGUUUGAUGGGGUGGACUUCGAUGAGCCGAUGGAGGUCGGGCUCGUGGAGGAGACGCCUGCACUUAAAGAUAAUGCAGAGCCUUCACCUAAAGCGGCAGCGGCGGCAGUUAGAGUGGAGCCCAAAGCAGAGCCUCAGGACCCGGUCUUAUUGUCCGGCAGGAUCGGAAGCUCGUGGGGACAAGAGGAGGACGGAGGAGUCGGCGAGGCUCCAGCGGAGAUCCAGGUGGACUCCAGCCAACUCCCGCUGGUGGAGGGAGCAGACGGGGAGCAAGUGUUCCGCUUCUAUUGGUUGGACGCCUUUGAAGACCCCUACAGCCAACCAGGUGUGGUGUACCUGUUUGGGAAAGUGUGGAUUGAGUCUGCGGAGUCUCAUGUGAGCUGCUGCGUCACUGUCAGGAACAUCGAGCGGACCAUGUACUUCCUGCCUCGCGAAUAUAAAGUGAACACCAAGACGGGGGAGGUGACGGACACUCCCGUAGGACUGAUGGACGUCUACCAGGAGUUCAACGAACUCUCCGAGAAGUUCAGGAUCAUGAAGUUCAAGUCCAAGAAAGUGGAGAAGAGCUACGCUUUUGAAAUUCCUGAUGUGUCCACUCAGAGCGAGUACCUGGAAGUCCGAUAUUCUGCUGAGUUCCCUGCACUGCCUUCAGGCCUUAAGGGGGCGACCUUUUCCCACGUUUUUGGAACCAACACUUCCAGCCUGGAGCACUUCCUCCUCAGCAGGAAGAUUAAAGGGCCUUGCUGGCUGGACAUCAAGACACCACAGCUGAUCGGCCAGCCGGUCAGCUGGAGUAAGGUGGAGGCUCUGGCCCUGAGGAGUGACCUGGUCACUGUGGUCAGAGACCUGUCCCCUCCGCCCAUCACCGUCAUGUCCAUCAGCCUCAAGACCAUCCAGAACCCCAAGACGCACCACAACGAGAUCGUGUCCCUGGCUGCACUAGUCCACUAUCAGUUCCACAUGGAUAAAGCUCCACCUCAACCUCCGUACCAGAACCAUUUUUGUGUAAUCAGUAAACCGGCUGACUGCAUCUUCCCCUACGACUUCCAAGACGCUGUGAGGAAGAAGAACGGUAAAGUGGAGAUCGCCGCUACGGAGCGGACUCUGCUGGGCUUCUUCCUGGCCAAGAUGCACAAAAUCGACCCUGAUGUGCUGGUGGGUCACGACAUCUUUGGUUUUGACCUGGAGGUGAUUCUGCAGAGGAUCAGCGUGUGCAAGGUUCCCCACUGGUCUAAGAUCGGACGCCUCAGGAGGUCUAAUAUGCCCAAACUAGGGGGUCGCGGUGCCUUUGCAGAGAAGAGCGCAACCUGCGGCCGUCUGGUGUGCGACGUAGAGAUCUCGGCCAAGGAGCUGAUUCGCUGUAAAAGUUAUCAUCUGACUGAACUGGCUACACAGGUGUUGAAUAUGGAGAGAGUCACGGUCCCUCAGGAGAACAUCAAGGACCUCUACAGUGACUCUCCUCACCUGCUCUACCUGUUGGAGUUGACCUGGACAGACGCUAAGCUGAUCCUCCAGCUCAUGUGUGAGCUCAACGUGCUGCCGCUGGCCCUGCAGAUCACCAACAUCGCUGGCAACGUCAUGUCUCGUACUCUGAUGGGCGGUCGCUCUGAGAGGAACGAGUUCCUGUUGCUUCACGCCUUCCACGACAAAAACUACAUCGUCCCCGACAAACCCUCCUUCAAAAAGACCCAGCUGGAAACGGUCGAGGGAGAAGACGAUGUGGAUGCGGGGAAAGGCAAGCGGAAGAAGAAGGCCGCCUACGCUGGAGGUCUGGUGCUGGAUCCUAAAGUUGGCUUCUACGACAAGUUUGUGCUGCUGCUUGACUUCAACAGCCUGUAUCCCUCCAUCAUCCAGGAGUUCAACAUCUGUUUCACCACCGUACAGAGGGAGGCUCUCAACACGCAGAAGAAGAAGAAUGAGGAGGAUUGGUCGGAGGAGAUUCCCGAAAUUCCAGACACGAACCUGGAGAUGGGAAUCUUGCCCAAAGAAAUCAGGAAGCUGGUCGAGCGGCGUAAACAGGUCAAACAGCUGAUGAAACAGCAGGACAUCAGCCCAGACCUCUACCUGCAGUAUGACAUUCGUCAGAAGGCCCUGAAGCUGACCGCCAACAGCAUGUACGGCUGCCUGGGAUUCAGCUACAGUCGCUUCUACGCCAAGCCACUCGCUGCGCUGGUCACAUACAAGGGCAGAGAGAUUCUGAUGCACACCAAAGAACUGGUUCAGAAGAUGAAUCUGGAAGUCAUCUACGGAGAUACUGACUCCAUUAUGAUCAACACCAACAGCAGGGCUCUGGAGGAAGUCUACAAACUUGGCAAUAAGGUGAAGGCCGAAGUAAACAAGCUCUACAAACUGCUGGAGAUCGACAUCGACGGUGUGUUUAAGUCCCUUUUGCUGCUGAAGAAGAAGAAAUACGCCGCCUUGGUGGUGGAGAACCACGGCGAAGGACGAUACAGCGUCAAGCAGGAGCUCAAAGGCUUGGACAUCGUCCGCAGAGAUUGGUGCGACCUGGCCAAGGAGUGUGGCAACUAUGUGAUCGGUCAAAUCUUGUCGGACCAGAGCCGUGAUGUCAUUGUGGAGAACAUCCAGAAACACCUGGUGGAGGUGGGAGAAAAAGUAGCGGCCGAAACGAUUCCACUCAACCAGUUUGAGAUAAACAAGGCUCUGACUAAAGAUCCUCAGGACUAUCCAGACAAGAAGAGCCUCCCUCACGUCCACGUGGCUCUAUGGAUCAACUCCCAGGGCGGUCGCCGGGUCAAAUCUGGAGACACGGUGUCGUACAUCAUCUGCAAGGACGGCUCCACGCUGGCGGCCAAUCAGAGGGCCUAUGCUCUAGAGCAGCUCCAGAAGCAGGAGGGUCUCAGUGUGGACACUCAGUACUACCUGGCCCAGCAGGUCCACCCUGUGGUGUCCCGCAUCUGUGACCCCAUCGAGGGCAUCGACAGCGUGCUCAUCGCCACGUGGCUGGGUCUGGACCCGAGUCAGUUCCGAGCUCACCAGCAGUACCAGAGGGAGGAAGAGGCCGAUGGCACGCUGGGAGCUCCGGUCCAGCUGACCGACGAAGAGCGCUACAAAGACUGUGAGAGGUUCACCUUCACCUGCCCUCAAUGCGACACCGACAACAUAUACGACGGCGUCUUUGAAGGAGCUGGACUGACGUUGGAGCCCGGCUUGUUGCGAUGCUGUCACGUCCCCUGCGGGAGCCGACCCAUCGACUACGCCAUCAACAUCGGCAACAAACUGCUACAUGAUAUCCGUCGUCACAUCAAAAAAUACUACUCUGGCUGGCUGGUGUGUGAAGACCAGGCCUGCCAGAACAGGACCAGACGUUUGCCCAUCGCCUUCUCCCGCUACGGACCCAUCUGCCCCGCCUGCACCAGGGCGACCCUCAGACCCGAGUACUCCGAGAAGGCCCUGUACAACCAGCUCUGCUUCUACCGGUUCAUCUUUGACUGGGACCAUUCAGCAGCCAAACUGCCACAGGGGGAUGAGAGAAGUAAGACUUGUACCUAAAAGUAUUUUUCUAUUUGCUGCAUGAUUCAUUUCCAAAGUUUCUAAAACGAGUUGUGACUUUAAAAAAAAUUCUAUCAUAUUUUAUUCAUUUUGUUAUUAUCGUUCUGCAGUUCCGCCUUUCGGAGCUGAAAUCAAGUUACCAGAACGGCUAUUGAAGUUUGAAUUUUGAUGUCCUAACAAUGCUUCCUCACAAAUACACAUGCAACAUAGCAUUAGCAAUCAAUGGCUCAACGUAAACCUUUUACCCAGGCUACACUUACAGUAUUCACCAAUGAUGUGACACACACACACACACACGAGUAGCGGAGUAUGGGCAUUGGCUAUGGGGAGGGGGGGUUAAGGACAUUCAGCUCGUCGCGUCGACAGCCCUAAUUUAGGAGACGGAUUCAAUCACACACACAUACAGAAUGCAAAACGCUCCAAUCACUGGAAGAAAGAAGGAAAGAGCCCUCCAUCGCUCUGCCUCUACCCUUACCCUCACUGUCCAUCUACUGCCUACUCUCCUUUGCUCUCUCUCCCUCCCUUUCUCUCUCUCUCUCCCUCUCUUGGACAGGCACUCGUUUGGCUGUGUUGAUUGAAAACAGGUUUUAGAUUUGGGGAAAUGAUAGGGGGAGUAAUGGGCGCGCUGACGAAAGGAUAGCCCUUCUCCUAUAAUGGGACAUGGAGCGUAUAUUUCCCCCCUUGGACUCAAAUAGACGCUACUCCAGCGCUCUGGGCGCGCUCAGUAGGCGUCAGCCCCAAGGCCUCUUUACCCAUAGUUCUCCCUGAUUGAUGUCACUUGAUUAGAAAGGGCCGCUGGGCCGAGUGAUUUAUUUAUUUGAUUUAAUAUUUAUGUAUGUAUGUAUGCUUAAACUCGGCGACUGGGUGUGCCAGUCGGAAACCUGAGCGAGGCAGUGAGCCAGCAGAGGUAAAUAUAACGUGUAAUCAACAGAUGACCACUCAGAAGACGGAGGGAGCUGAAAUGUAGGGAUUGGGACGGUGUAGGGGGUACUAACAUGAUUAUAGCCUCAAUUUUUGCUUUGUUUUAUUUCUGUCUUUGCCCACAAGUAAGAAAUAAUCGCCAAUCAAUGGUUUGGCCUCCCCCGUCCUUCAUGUCCCUGUGCUUUGCAGUGUUCUUAGUUUGUGGAGCAGUUCAGCAGCUCGUCUCGUGACGGCCGCACGCAUUUUGUGUGUCCUCUGACACCAGAUCAGUGCCUUUCACCAGGAGUCAGACAUUUCCACACAUGCUGUCUGUCCACUUACUAUUUCAAGAUCAGACACACUUCCAAUGCUCGAGUGUUAACCGUGGCUGUAGACCGGUGGUUCCCCCAAAAUAAGGUAAUGUCUAUUUACGACACGCUGUUACAGGUUGCAGUGGAAACCCCCGGGCACACUGUCGCACGUAUUUCUUAUAUAUUUACAAUGUCAUCAGGCCUCAGGACUAUCUAUUAAAGAUUACUGAAGAGUCUCACCCGUUGACACAUGCUGAAACCUGUACAGUUUACCGAAGCUUACAAACAGUUUAGACGUUCUGUAAACAAUUUAUUGGGAGGAAAAGUGUCUUUAUGGACCGCAAUGGGGUCACCCAGGACUCACCUGUUCGCCCACCAGCUGUGGGUUGUUUACCCACUACACCACGUCCAGACGCCAUCGUGUUUACUUGUUUCCGACUCUGUCAGACGAGAAGCAACUGCGUUCCUCUUUUCCCACAUCGUCCCCAAAAAACAUCCGUUUGAGAGACAGAACACGCGGCUGAAACACCCAGUACCCGGCACCGCCCAGCACUCUGCAGAGUUCACAUUCACAACAGAUUUCCACUGACUUGGUAUCACAGUGACGGCCACCACAAGCUCUACUUGUAGUACCCAGAAUACCCGGCAUGGACGUCUGUUAUCCAGCCAGGAGGUUGUAUUCAUGGCAAAUCUGUGGGUCACUGGGUUGUCGAUAAAGUUUUGCAACGUGUGUGUGUGUGACAAUAUCGGUUAA